AUACACCCCCCCCCCCCCCCCCCCCCACUACACUCCGUGCCCAGAGCAGACACAGAGGAACGUUCCGGAACGAGGUUAGUACCGUCAUUUUGCCAGCAAGCUCCGGCGACAGUGGUGGUGGUGAAUCGGACGGUGUGAGAAUCCGAAGGCACGACCCGAAAUGGAGAGGAGCACUCCGGUGAGGAAACCCCAUACAUCCACCGCGGAUCUGCUCACCUGGUCCGAGACUCCCCCUGCUGAUUCUCCUCUUCCCUCCUCCGCCUCUCGGCCUCACCAGCCGUCGGAUGGGAUCAGAAAGGUGGUGUUUGGAGGGCAGGUGACGGACGAGGAGGUCGAGAGCUUGAACAAACGCAAACCUUGUUCAGCGCAUAAGAUGAAGGAGAUCACCGGGAGCGGCAUUUUUGCACCGAAAGCAGAAAACGAUGCCGCGGAAGCUGAUGGUGCGAACCCUACCCCAAAGCCCGGAAUUCGUAUGUACCAGCAAGCGGUUGCUGGAAUCAGUCAUAUCUCGUUUGGUGAUGAAGAGGGUGUUUCUCCUAAAAAGCCUACCACCAUUCCCGAAGUUGCAAAGCAGCGCGAGCUAAGCGGGACCUUGGAAACUGAAGCAGAGAGAGAGGCAAGGCUGAAGAAGCAGCUCUCUGAGUCUAAAUUCAAGGAGCUUAGUGGGCAUGACAUAUUUGCGCCCCCUCCUGAAAUUUUACCCAGGACUACUACUGCCCCGCGUGCAUUGGCCUUGAAAGGAAGCAUCGAGAUAGGAGAACCUACUUCACCCAACGGUCGCACAUCUGUUAAGGUUUCUAAUCCUGGUGGGGGUCAGAGCAAUAUAACAUCCAUCGAGGAACCAGCGCCCAAGACAGCCAAGAAGAUAUAUGACAAGAAAUUUUCUGAGCUCUCAGGAAAUGAUAUAUUCAAGGGUAAUGUUCCUCCGUCGUCGGCUGAAAAGCCACUGAGUUCGGCAAAACUACGAGAGAUGAGUGGCAGCAACAUCUUUGCGGAUGGGAAAAAGGAGGCUCGAGACUACUUAGGAGGCGUACGCAAACCCCCAGGUGGAGAGAGCAGCAUUGCCUUGGUUUAACAUCAAGUUAGGUCUAACUUGGUUAUUUUAUUUGAUCACAUGGUGUCUGGUUUUGUUUCUGGUUUUCUCCUAGUGCCGGGAGGACGUGAUGCUAUAUUAUUUGACCUUUUCUUUUGUUCAUUGUGGGUUUUGGGUUAUGUUUUAGGUUAUAACGGGGUAGGCCAGAGCUAUGGACUAUCUGCUAAUUGGGUUGCCAAUGUCCAUAUUUUGUGUUCUUUCAGUGUUUUUCUUAAUGAAGUGCUUGGGCUGUUUUACUGGGUUUUAAUCUAUGGAUUAGUAGCUCUAAAUUGAUUA